AGUACUGGCUACAUGUUCAACAAGAACCCGCCUCCCGCGGGUGUUCCUUACACAAAUAUCCGCGGCGAGCCCGCGAUGGUCACCGUCGAGGAUUCUCGUGGCAAGGAAGACAGCAUCAACCUCGACAAUGACUCUCUUCGGGUCCUCCAAGGCCUGACCGACGUUCCUCGGAGCCUCGAAGUCAACUGGGAUAGCAUGCAGAGCGUGGAGAAGACAUUCUAUCCCGCUGUCGAAGCGGCAGUGAAAUCCGCCAUUCCUGGUGCCCAUACUGUGCACAUUUUCCGCCAAGGCAUUCGUCACUCCCAAAACUGGCCUGUGCCCUACAACCCUCCUGCAAUGAUCGCGCAUCUGGAUCAGACUGGCCCAGCUGCGAUCAACCGUGUUUUGCAUCACAUGGGUCCAGGGGAGGGACCUCGUCUGCUGCAGGGCCGCUACCGCAUCGUACAUUUCUGGACGCCCCUCAAUGGGCCCGUCUACACAUGUCCAGUGGCAGUAGCCAGCUCUGCCACCAUCAAGGACGAGGACAUCCAGAUUCUCGUCAGUCACCUUGGCGGAUAUCGCGAGGACUUUGGGGCGCCGCGUUAUGCGGACGGCCAGCGGUGGUUCUACCUCGGCGGUAUCACACAGGAUGAGGCAUUGUUGAUCUAGAUAUUCGACUCCAAGGCGCUGCAGAAGGACAGUCCUGUCAAGGGUGGCGCGAGCCGUGCAUUCGGCCUUCCGCGAUCCCCGAACCACUCAAGGGGCCCCUGAUCGCUGGAGUAUUGAGGUUUCCUGCUUGAUUUUUAGCGACGAGUGAUCAUGUUAAUACGUUCUAUAUCUGGUCUUUUGUGUUUUUGGUCCCAUUUUUUUUUUUUUUUCUCAUUUGUGAAUAGCUCCUAGUUGUUGAAUGUGACUUUAC